CCCCGUCGCGCCAUAGUGACUGUAGCCGUGGAGACAGUUACUUACCAACGGGCGCAACACUCAGCAACAGCAGCAGCAGCAUCUGGAAGUCACCGAGCGAGUGGGAGAGAGGGGAAAGAGAGCAGAGCCAGAGCAGAACUUUUCUCAAGGCAAAGCAUGCAGAGCUCCGAGGGAGGGUCAGACACCACAACCAGCGUGGCAACGCUGAGGACGUCAUCAUCAGCCCAGGCCCCUGUCGUACAGCCGGUUCCAGCAUCCCAGCAGAGGGUGCUGGUUCAAGCCACAGGCUCAGCUCAGAAGGGAGGACAAGUACAGCAGCUUUCAGUACCCAGGGUUCAACAGGUCCCUCAGCAGGUGCAGCAGGUGCAACAUGUCUACCCAUCCCAGGUUCAAUAUGUAGGAGAAAGUGGAGAGGCUGUUUACACCAAUGGAACUAUCCGAGCGGCUUACUCCUACAACCCUGAGGCUCAGUUGUACGGGCAGAGCAGUGGGGGAACCUACUUUGACUCGCAGGCCGGUGGAGCUCAUGUCACCACAGUGGUCUCCUCUGCCAGUGGUGGGGUACCCCCUCAUGGCAUGGUGGGCAUUGCCAUGGAUGUGGGCAGCAGCCAUAUCAUCUCCAGCGGCAGCACCUACCUGAUCCAUGGAGGAAGCAUGGAGGGAAGCCGCAACCACAUAUCACACUCAUCACGCUCCUCCUCAGCUAUGCUUGAAAUGGCGAUUGAAAACCUCCAAAAGUCUGAAGGAAUUGCAAGUCACAAAAGCAGCCUGCUCAACAGCCAUCUGCAGUGGCUGCUGGACAACUAUGAGACAGCGGAGGGAGUGAGCCUGCCCCGGUGCUCCCUGUAUAACCAUUACUUGCGGCACUGUCAGGAACAGAAACUGGAUCCGGUCAACGCAGCCUCCUUCGGCAAACUCAUCCGCUCAGUCUUCAUGGGCCUGAGGACCCGGCGCCUCGGCACCAGAGGCAACUCUAAGUAUCAUUACUAUGGCAUCCGGGUGAAGCCAGACUCACCGCUCAACCGGCUGCAGGAGGACACCCAGUACAUGGCCAUGAGGCAGCAGCCUGUCCACCAGAAACAGAGGUUUAAACCUCUACAGAAGGUAGAUGGUAUGUCUGACAGCCUGUGUGGGAGCUCUCAGCACUGUAACAGCACUCCAGAGCAGUCGGUGGCUGCUCAGAGCCAACACCACCAGCAGUACAUAGAUACGUCCCACACCUUGCCUCCAUUUCCCUCUCCUGACUUGGGAACUCAGCCUCUGCCUGAGCGCAUCAACAUGAAUGAUAUCAAGAAGCUGCAGACGCUCUACAGAGACCACUGUGAGGCUACUUUGGACGUGGUGAUGAACCUCCAGUUCCACUAUAUUGAGAAACUCUGGCAGACCUUUUGGUAUUCAACACUGCCAUCUAGUGAUGGAAAUACCACCAUCCCCAACAGUGAUGAUGACCUGGAAGGUGUGAUUCCCAGAGAGAAGCUGGUGGCUCUGUGUAAAUACGAACCGGUUAGAGUAUGGAUGAGGAGCUGUGAUCACAUCCUCUACCAGGCUCUAGUGGAGAUCCUCAUCCCUGAUGUCCUGCGCCCUGUUCCCAGCACUCUCACUCAGGCCAUUCGUAACUUUGCCAAGAGUCUGGAGGGCUGGCUGACUAAUGCCAUGACCAGCUUUCCUCAAGAGAUUAUCCGCACCAAGGUGGCAGUGGUCAGUGCAUUUGCCCAGACUCUGAGACGUUACACCAGUCUGAACCAUCUGGCCCAGGCAGCUCGCGCCGUCCUCCAGAACACCUCCCAGAUCAACCAGAUGCUCUCAGACCUCAACCGGGUGGACUUUGCUAACGUCCAGGAGCAGGCGUCAUGGGUGUGUCAGUGUGACGAGAGUGUAGUUCAGCGUCUGGAGCAGGACUUUAAAGUCACCCUGCAGCAGCAGAGCUCUCUGGAUCAGUGGGCUACCUGGCUUGACAACGUGGUCUCUCAGGUCCUGAAGCCCCACCAGGGCAGCCCGAGUUUCCCCAAAGCUGCUCGCCAGUUCCUGCUCAAAUGGUCUUUCUACAGCUCCAUGGUGAUCAGAGACCUAACUCUGCGUAGUGCAGCCAGUUUUGGCUCUUUUCAUCUGAUCCGUCUUCUGUAUGAUGAGUACAUGUUUUACCUGGUGGAGCAUCGUGUGGCUCAGGCCACGGGAGAAACUCCUAUUGCUGUUAUGGGAGAGUUCAGUGACCUGAGUUCUAUGAUGCCAUCACUCAUGGAAAAAGAUACAUCCUUCUCUGAUGAGAUGAGUGACCUGGGCAGUGAUCCUGAUGCAUCCAGAGGCCCUACUGAACCAGCUGUAAAGAGAGAGAGGAUUGAAAUGAGCCACCCUCUGCAGGAGAUGUGAGUCCAGUCCGAACAGGUCCAGACUGAAAGCCACGGGGACCGGCAUCUCUCCCUAAAAAGGUGACCCUAAAGUGGCUUUGGGGGCCUUCUGGGAUGCAAGUGGCUGUUGGGCUGAGCACAGGGCGUCAUUCUGCAGUCAGUGUGUGCAAUGUACAUAGAGAAGAGAGUAGCAUUGUCAGUCCUCCCCUCACUAGCGUUUAUAAAGACUGAUCUUUGUCCCAGGAAGCGCACGU